AUUCCCUCACUACAUGACCAAGUUCUGGACUACAACGACAACAGGAUUGUGUGGAUCGCUCAUCUCAUACAUCAUUUUCUCACAAUAACUUACACCUCGUUGUUGGCUUAUUCCCGACAUUCCAAUAUAUAGCUAACCCUCUGUUGGGAAACCUUAGCUUUCUUCCUUAGCUCAUUAGCUAAUAGAUACUUUUUAACAACUUUUUUCUCUCCCACCACAAGAAAAACAUCUUUAGUUACUAGAUCAACAUUGAGGAAGAAGAAGAAUUUACUCCACCACACCUUCGAACCUCUUCGUUUCGUACUCUCAAGGACAUUAUUUAGUCUAAUCCAACAUCCCUCGUUGCCAAGCUGUCCUUCAUUCAUUCCGUCGCCUAGCUACAAAACACAAAUCAUUUGAAAAUAAUUCUCCUAGCGAUUCAUUUCUCCUGAUUCGCUACCGAGAGUCUUCAUUCAAAGCACGCGCCAUGGCGACACAAUCAUAUCCGGAAGGCCGUGUCCUUAUCAUUAUGACAGGAGGUACUAUUUGUAUGAAAUCUUCUCCGGAAGGUUUGAUUCCAGCAAGAGGCUUUCUUAAGGAAGGCAUGGCGACUAGACCAUCGUUCAACGAUGGAUCAAAUCCAGGUGAGAAUGUUUCAUUUUUCUACCAUGUUUCUCUUACUCUUUAUUGCAAUUCUUUCAUUCGCGGAACCUUCGAUUGUCGACAAUAGUGCAGACAUUGCAAAGCUCUUAAGAGUAGUACCCUAUAUUGAAAUUUCCUCAAUUCGAUGUGCCCUUUCAAUGAUCGGGUACAGCUUAGAAAUUGAAUUACUACCGAAUGAGUGUUACUAAAAUCAUAUUUCUUUACAUCAUGGGUAAUUCCAAUUGUCAAGUGUAAUCUACACAUUGAGUCUGUAAGACAGAUAUUUUUACAGUGACUAUUCGAUGCAUCUCACAGGUGUUUUCAACUAUCAAGUGAGACUUGAAAUGCUAGGUGGAAGGCAUAUCACAGUUCCAGACCUUCUGCUUUUUAUAGAAUGAUGAAAUUUCACAACGUGGAGAGCUGGAAAUCUGCAAUGACGUCCAGUGUUUUUAAAUUUGAACACAAAAAAUAUAUACAUACGCCGAUAUGACGGAGGUCGUGUAAGGUCGCUAGGAAGUAUUCGUUGAGUGUAGCAUAUUUCAGGAUCUCAAGGGACUUUUCUGUGUAAACAAUUGCGUCUCCAAGUUACACUAAAUGGCUUUGAUGCGUCUCUUUACACAAAUUCAUCUCGGAAUAUAUCAAUGGGAGUCUUCCGGUGACAUCCCCUUCAAAUAUCAUUGAAUCAGCUAUAUCAAGAUAUUUCACAUGUAAUCCAUCGUUGUUCAUUGCAUUGCAUUAUCUCCGCUUUCAAUAUACCUUGGUUUUUUCCUUCCGAGUAAAUAAAUCGCAGCAGACGCAAUAUGGUUUUCGGAGAAUUAAUUAAUGACUAACUUGUAUUCAGAUCCUAUGCCAGUCAUGACCACAAACACAACAAAAGAAUAUCUACCCAGUUUACGUACUCCCCCAAGCACGUAUUCCCGACACGUUCGUUAUACCUUGUACGAAUUUCCUGUUUUACUAGAUUCGUCCUCAAUAUCUUCAAAUGGUUGGACACAAAUAGCUACCACGAUUGAGAGAAAUUAUCAUUUAUUCGAUGGCUUCGUGGUUCUUCAUGGUACAGAUAGUCUAGCAUACACGAGUUCAGCUUUAUCUUUCAUGUUGUCCCAUCUUGGAAAACCGGUUAUCCUCACUGGAUCUCAAGCUUCAAUAUUUGCUCUUCAAUCCGAUGCCGUGGAUAAUCUUCUUGGAUCAUUAAUCAUCGCCGGAACUUUUAUGAUCCCUGAAGUAUGUCUUUUCUUCCAUCAUAAUUUAUUUCGUGGAAAUCGCACAACUAAAGUUUCGGCAACCUCCUUCGAUGCCUUUGCUUCACCGAAUUGUGAACCUUUAGCAAAAGUGACUGCUUUAGGAGCAACAGUCAAUUGGAAUCUCGUUCAUCGCCCACGAUCGAUCGCAAAGUUCGGAGUACAAUUAAACCUUGAUACUUCUCAUGUAGCAUGCCUUCGUAUCUUCCCUGGUAUCAAGCCAGAAAUGAUCGAUGCUGUCCUCCGAAUUCCAAAUCUUCGAGGCCUCAUCCUCGAAACUUUCGGAGCUGGUAAUGCACCAAGUGGAGAUGAUGGAAGCAUGAUCAAGAUCAUGAAAGAAGCUUGUGAAAGAGGUGUCAUCAUAGUCAACGUAUCACAAUGUCAUUCUGGCUCAGUAUCUCCUCUUUACGCACCAGCUACCAUUCUUGGUCGAGCAGGUGUAGUUUUUGGUCACGAUCUUACAACCGAAGCAGCACUCACUAAACUUUCUUUCCUUCUGGCUCUCCCAGAUCUAUCAUACAACGAUAUUACAAUGCAAAUGCAAUGUUCCAUUCGAGGAGAAAUGACCGAGGAGGCUGGUAUGGCCUUUUCUCACCCGCCAACUGAUCAAGUUUCUAUCACGGCUCAACAACACGCUUUUACGGGAUUAGGAUACGCAAUUGAAAAGGGUGACACAAAAGCCAUUGUCAAUAUUCUUGACCAUGAUCGUGCCGGUCUUCUUCAAGCAACGGAUUAUGUUGGAAAUACCGCAUUACAUUUGGGAGCAGUGGGUCCUUCAGUGGGUGUUUUAAGAGAAGUAGGUAGUGCCUCUGCUUAAUAUUUCUCUUUUUCUCCUGUGACUUUUCCAGCUUUUCAAUAAUUUGGAUUGCAGUCGUUGAUGAAAGGACUUUGAUUCUUUUCAUAUGAUUAUACAUAUAUAUAUAUAUAUGUACAUUGAAAACCUUUGGAAGAUUCAAAUCUUUCAAAACUCACCAAAUCAAUCGAAAGAUUUUCAAUCAAAAUCCUCAACAUACAACUCCGCUAGUCCGGAAAACGAGACACGCCAGAAUAGCCUUCCUCUCGUGUCUUCCCUUUCAGGAGCUCGUCUCAUCACCUCAUCACCUCAUUACCUCAGCAUCCCUCAAAGAAAAGAAAACUUUUAACUCCAGAAGAAAAAUUUUGAGUUUGAAAAAACCCUCACUAACACAAUCUCCAAACAAAAAUAGUUGUUAAAAAGAGGUGCAAGUGUUCACGCACGUAAUAAAGCGGGAAAUACACCAUUGUUUUUGGCGAGGAAGGCGGGCGCUGAUGAACAUGUUAAGGUUUUGGAGGAGGCGGGGGGACAUUUGUGGGUUGAGGAGAAGAUUUAGUGUUUUGUGUUUAUUGUUUUGGUGGGGUAAGGGGAUUGAGGG